AUGAAUGAUUGGAUGCCCAUUGCCAAGGAGUAUGACCCUCUCAAAGCUGGCAGCAUUGAUGGCACCGAUGAAGACCCGCAUGAUCGCGCCGUCUGGAGGGCGAUGCUGGCACGAUACACCCCCAACAAAGGCGUCACAGGGGACCCUCUCCUCACCCUGUUUGUGGCGAGACUAAACCUGCAGACCAAAGAGGAGAAGUUAAAGGAAGUGUUUUCCCGCUACGGGGACAUCCGGCGGCUUCGGCUAGUGAGGGACUUGGUCACAGGCUUUUCGAAGGGCUACGCCUUCAUCGAAUACAAAGAUGAGCGUUCUCUGCUCAAAGCUUACAGGGAUGCUGACGGCCUGGUCAUUGACCAGCACGAAAUAUUUGUGGACUAUGAGCUGGAGAGGACUCUCAAAGGGUGGAUUCCUCGGCGACUCGGAGGAGGUCUGGGUGGGAAGAAGGAAUCUGGGCAGCUGAGAUUUGGGGGGCGGGAUCGGCCUUUUCGCAAACCCAUUAACCUGCCAGUUGUGAAAAAUGACCAGUUCCGAGAGGGGAAGAGGGAGAGGAGGGAGCGGUCUCGGUCCCGAGAAAGACACUGGGACUCCAGGAUGAGGGACCACCGUGACAGGGGCAGGGAGAAAAGGUGGCAGGAGAGAGAACCAGCCAGGGCAUGGCCAGAAGGUGACUGGGAGAGAGAGAGGGACUUCAGAGAUGACAGGGUCAAGGGGAGGGAGAAGAGGGACAGAAGCAAGUAG